AUGACGGACAGCGGCAAGUGUGCGUUUGUUCUUGGGAUCGAGCUUUUGGACGGUGAAGAUGGCAGUGUGACACUAUGUCAGCGUCGGUAUGUCGAUGAUAUCCUCAAGCGCUUUGGCAUGGAUGAUUGCAAGGCAGUCGCAAGUCCAGUCGACAUGAGCUCUCGACUUGUUUCAAGUGAUGCAACUACCAAGGUCGAUGCUCCUUUUCGCGAAGCUGUUGGUGCGUUGAUGCACCUGACCACUGCAACGCGUCCGGACAUUGCGUUUGCUGUGGGCUAUGUGUCGCGGUUCAUGGAAAAUCCCCAAGAAGAACACUGGGUUGCAGUUAAGCGUAUCUUUCGCUACCUACAAGGCACCAAGACGCAUGGAAUUUGCUACAAGCCAAGUGCAAGGAUCGACUUCCGUGGAUAUUCGGAUGCGGAUUGGGCUGGUGAUCUUACCGACCGCAAGUCAACAUCGGGGUACACGUUCAUGCUACUCGGUGCGCCAGUCAGUUGGGGCAGCAAGAAGCAGCCAAGUGUUUCGUUGUCCACGAGUGAAGCCGAAUACAUCGCACUCAGCUUGGCGAUUCAAGAGGGCAAGUGGAUUCAUCGUCUGCUUUGUGAGAUCGUGAUGGCUGCCAAUGAAGAAGGACCGGAACUCAUGAUUCCAUGA